GGCGUCACCGAUAAGACACAGCUGCGUGGAAUGCUGUGAUCUGAUCCAAAUCUCGGGGUGAAAAAAAGGAGGGCUGGGCUGGUGAAUGCUGGGUGGUUGAGUUGAACUGGAAUUUAAAAGCGCUGUCAGUCGCGGUGCAGUCAGAGCUUUUGAGUCCGAACCGAAAUGCAGUGAAGAAGGAACACGGGCAGAAAACAGAAAUUACAAUGGGGCUCGUAGGAAACGUGGUGGUUACCGUGGGCGGCCUGAUCACUAACGUCCUGAACUUCUUCACCGACAUUUUUCUGACACCGCCACUGAAAGCCACUUUAAAACAUUUGGAGGAGACUGAGCUCAAAACCUUGACAGGAGAAAUAAAGACCUUCAAGGCCAAGGCUCUGUGGGAGAGAUCUGGAGCUGUGAUCAUGGCAGUGCGACGUCCUGGAUGAUUUAUGUGCAGAGAGGAAGCUGCAGAGCUGUCCUCUCUGAAGCCCCAGCUGGAUCAGCUCGGGGUUCCCCUGUAUGCUGUGGUGAAGGAGGACAUCGGCACCGAGGUCCAGAACUUCAGACCAUACUUCAAAGGGGAGAUUUUCUUGGAUGAAAAGAGACGGUUUUAUGGGCCCCGAGAGCGGAAGCUGGGGCUCCUGGCAUUCGUGCGUUUAGGUGUUUGGCUGAAUGGUCUGAGGGCCUUUAGGAGAGGCUUCAUGGGAAACGUUUUUGGAGAGGGCUUUGUCCUCGGCGGUGUCUUUGUCAUUGGAAAAGGACAGCAGGGAGUUCAUUUGGAGCACAGAGAGAUGGAAUUUGGAGAUAAAGUCAACAUUUCAGAAGUCCUCCGAGCUGCCAGAAGAAUUUCACAGGAACUUUAGAGAGGAAACUAUUCUUCUUACGAGUCCCCGUCAUUGAGAACAUCAUCUCUGGUGCCUUUUACAAUCAGUUAAUCACAUUGAUAAUUCAUCAUCUUUCAGUUGACAAAGUCUUUAACAAUUUAAAUGACAUGUUUGAACUGCAUUUUGGUGAAAGUGUUGGAAAGAAAAAUAUUUGUGAAGUGCAUUAUAGACUUGUGAACUUUGUUUAAGUGCCGGUCUUUAGGAGCCAGUGCAUUUUGCACGACUGUUUUCAUUAGGCUCUGGGUGUGUUCAUGAUGGUCUGUCUUUAAACUCAAUAGAGGGAACAGACCUGAUAUCCAACAUCCAGUUUCCUGUGUUACUUUGUGAUGCUGCUUUGGCAACUAAGAGAGUGAAAACUUUGAAACAAUAAAACAUGUCUUGGUGCUUCACA